AUGUCAGAUAUUCCAACAUUCCGGAAUCUUUCCCUGGAGAGACAUGGGAAUGUUUUCGUUCUUACAAUGGAGAAGCCUCCUGAGAAUCGGCUUAACUCCUGGUAUUGCCAGGAAAUGAUUCGGGCCUAUCGGACAGUGGAGAAGCUGCUAGGGCCUGACUCUGAAGGAGCUGUGGUUACUCGUGGAAGCAAUGCUAAGUUCUGGUGUACUGGACUGGAACUAGACGAAUCAGACAACAAUCCAUUCGCGAAUACAGAUGGGUUCUAUCCGCUCAUUCAUACAAUUUUGGACUUUCCAUUCCCAACUAUUGCUUUGAUGACCGGGCACACAUUUGGUGGAGCCUGCCCACUUGCAUUGGCGCAUGACUAUCGCAUAAUGAACUCUCGCCGAGGCUUUAUCUCGAUGCCACCCGUUAAUCUGGGACUGCAUUUUGAUGGAAUUGGGUCCCUUCCUCGCCUCAAGUUGCGGCCCCAGGUAGCGCGGAAGAUGCUCCUAGAAGCGCACAAAUGGACAGGAAAAGAGGCUUUGGAAGACGGCAUUGUGGACGUUGUUGCCGAACCUGAGAAUAUGCUGGAUGCUGCGCUUGAAAUGGGAGCAAAGUGGGCACCGAAGGCAAAGAUGGGUGUCUACGCGCUGCUUCGUCAGGAGCUUUGGGGCGAAGCUAUCAAGAAAUUUCAGCGCAUAAGUUAUGUUCAUAGUCGUGUGACAUCUGCACCUGCCAAGGCAAAGAUCUAA